CAAAAGCAUAUCCAUGGAUAUGUACACUUGAUACUCGGGAUCGAAUCACUGCUGACUUAUGUAGUCGUGUCAAUACAUGACGCAUUCCUGAUAUAUUCAUGGCUCAUUAGGUAGUACUAGAUGAUGAGUAGGUAUCUAUCUAGGUCAUGAGGGCAUUCGCUACUCUACAUCUAGGUACAUCCAACGCUAGAGUCAUUCAUAUCGAAGAGCAUAUAGUUAUAAAUACCUUGAAUACUCCGACCAAAGCCUACCGCUCGUUCGAGAAGGAAACUGAUUGGCGGCUACAUGUCCGGAAGCGUAACAAUAUCCCACAACAUCCAAAAUCAUCACCUACAUACCUAGGCUAAGUACCUCCACAGCGCCAUGGGAUCAGCCCUAUGUCCCGGCGAUCUCGCCGACUACAUCCAAGAAAUAAACCUAAUCAGCUUCUUCGACAACGGCCUCGGCCUCGACCUCGACCUCUCCGACAGCGAUAGUAGUCUCGACGGCGGUGACAGCAGCGAACCACCCCACCCGCCCCCCCAAUUCCUCAACGCAGCCACCGCCUGGCUCGACUCCCGCCGCAGCGAGACCCUCUGGCUGCAGCUCCCGCCCCACCACCACCCGCACUCGGACUCCUCCUACCUCGCCCAGCUGAUCAACUCGAUCAUGGAUGCCCCAGGACAAAGGCCAUCGCGCUCGCAGACCCGCUUCGCCGGCGGCCGCAGGCCGUACUGGUACGUGCCGCACGUGCUCGCCAGCCCGCGCACCAAGCUCGCCGCGCUCAUCUGCUCGUUAAUCUACGAGCUCGUCGCCAACUGCCACCUGCGGACCGCAUUCGCGCCGGCAGAGGCGCUGACGCGGGAGAACUUCCGGCAACUGGUUAAGAGGGAUCGGAGGGCGGAUGCGGGGUGGGGGGUUGAGAUACGCAGGGGCGUGGCGAUUAUUCGCGCGCUCGCGGGUGUGCUGGCGAGCGAUGCGGUGUUUGUGUUCGCGGGGUGCGAUGACGUUGCGGUGGCGGGGGACGGGAGGUAUGAUGAGGAGGUGGGGAGGGCGUUGGCGGAGAUACUGUGCGCGCUGGCUAUCCCUGGGCACGACCACGACGCGGGGCGGGGGGGAGGGGUGGACGGCGACGGCCCGUUGCAGAAGGUUCUCUGGAUCGGGAGGGGGGCGUCGCCGCCUUUUCGGAUGUUGAGGGGCGAGAUGAGGGCGGAGCUAUUUACGCAGGUGCCGUUCCGGAGGGAUUGGACGUGCGGGGGGGAGGUUUUCGAGGGGGAGGAUUAUGUGGUUGUUGGUGUUGAUGAUGCUGAUGGCGUUGUUGUUGAUGCGGGCCUGUUGAGGUUCUUGGUCUCGUUCUUGAGCUUGUUUAGGCCUAGGUUUCUCUGAGUAGGUACUACAUAGGUCUGCUAUGAAUAUAUAGCUUAGCAUCUAGGUAGGUACCUUACCUACAUAGUACUGCCUAUCUACUUAUGUGCCCACCUCCUUCCCUCAGGCACCACAUCACCACCAAACCAAACCAUCGCCGUCUCCUUCCCCUUUUGAUCGUGAUAUCUUACUACGAAGAGUAGGUACCCAGGCGCCUUUACUCACUGUCAGCAGCAGCAGCCUUGGUACUAUGUACCUUUCUUUGCCUAUCCUCGUGCACCACUGCCAUCGCCUACCUGCCUGCUAGACAUUACGAUAUCCCGAGCAAUUAAGUGUAUUAUUUAGCCCCCUUUUUCAUUUCCCUCCCAAAAAACCGGAUCAGCGAGAAGGGUUUUUAGAAAUCGAGCGUUAGUAACAAGCUUCGAAGAGUCGUCAAG